CUCUCAGUCGCUUUUAGAUCUGAUUAUGGACGGUAGUAAUCCAUGGGGAACAAACUGGUGUGUCUGAGCUGCGUGUCUACCUCCGAAUGAGAAGCGAGGAGCUACGCUGCAGUGCCGUGGACCAUGUAAUGUGGCAGAGGGUUUGCAAUGGAGGGGACGAUAGAGAUGGCGGAACAGGAGAAGCCACAGAAGCGGGUGAGGUUCCGCGUGGCUUCGGGGAACAGCGGCCGGGUGCUGAAGGAGAUGUUCAAGGAUGAGGGGCCUUCAGACUCCCUGGACUCAGACUGCACCAGCAGCUCUGACGCAGAUCGGGCCAGCACCCCGUCUACAAGUGGAGACGGACACCUGUUUGGAUACCUGGGCUCCGAGCUGGACGACAGCGAGUGUGAGCCCGAUGAGCUGCUCAUGUAUGCGGGGGCCACCAAGGACUGGAUGUUCACCACCAAGAGGGUCAACAUACUCAGUAAAAAUGGGACUGUGAGAGGGGUCAAGCACAAAGUCAGCGCAGGUCAGACGCUGUUUGAAAACCUUCCUAGUACCAACAGUAUGGAGUUAGCUCUUGAAUUCGGGCGGAUAGUGAUCUACACUACGAGUUUCCGUGUGGUGAGGACGACGUUCGAGCGCUGCGAGCUGGUCCGGAAGAUCUUCCAGAACCACAGGGUGAAGUUCGUGGAGAAGAACAUCGCCCUGGAUAUCGAGUACGGGAAGGAGCUGGAGGAGCGGUGUAAACGCGUGGGAGAACCUCCCUCAUUACCAGUCGUGUUCAUUGACGGACACUACCUCGGGGGUGCUGAGAAAAUACUAGGCAUGAAUGAAUCAGGAGAGCUACAAGAUCUUCUGACAAAAAUCGAGAGGGUACAGCAGCCCCAGACGUGCCAGACCUGCGGGGGCUUUGCCUUCAUCCCGUGCCCAAUGUGCCAUGGCAGCAAGAUGUCCGUGUUUCGCAACUGCUUCACGGAUUCCUUCAAAGCCCUCAAGUGCACUUCCUGCAACGAGAACGGCCUGCAGCCGUGUGUGAGCUGCAGCCACUGAGGAAGUUAAGUGCCUGACCAACAUCCUCACUUCCCUCUCUGGGACUUUACGCUUUACGCAGGACCUUCUACUGGACCAAAACACAGCAGGACUCUUCCUCCAUGGCCAUUGUUAGUAAAGAGAAAAUCAAUUUGUAAUAAAAUCUGUGAAUU